AUGCAGCUCUCUCUUCCGGCAACCAGAGAAAGGGGAUUUUGCUACUGCUGAAUCUGUGGAAAUAUUUAUACAUAAAAUACUCCUCCGUCAUGGCCGUCGGUGACUUGAAGACUGACAAGGGCGUUAAAGAUUUAAAUGCUUAUCUUGCCGAUCGUAGUUACAUCGAAGGGUGGCAACCGUCUCAAGCCGAUGUUGCUGUCUUUGAAGCUUUGGGAAAAGAACCCAAUUCUUCUAACCCUCAUGUACUAAGAUGGUACACUCACAUAAAGUCGUACGAUCUAAACACACUUCCAGGAGAGAAAAAGGCUCCUGCUAUAUUAGCAAAUAGUAGUCAUUCUUCACAAGCUACAACCCCAGCAGCAGAUACCGCAGAAGAUGGCGAUGAUGUUGAUUUGUUUGCAUCCGACGAAGAAGAAAGUGCAGAAGCAGCAAAGAUCAGGGAAGAAAGAUUAAAGGCUUAUGCCGAAAAAAAAUCCAAGAAACCAGCAAUUAUUCCUAAGUCUAGUAUUGUACUUGAAGUUAAGCCCUGGGGAGAUGAAACAGACAUGAAAAAAAUGGAAGAAGCAGUUAGAUCGAUUAAGAUGGAUGGUCUUGUUUGGGGUGCUUCUAAACUCGUAGCAGUGGGAUAUGGCAUACAAAAAUUACAAAUAAUAUGCGUAAUAGAGGAUGAUAAAGUUUCUGUAGAUUUCCUGGUGGAACAAAUUCAGGAAUUUGAGGAAUUAGUACAAUCUGUCGACAUUGCAUCUUUCAAUAAAAUUUAAAAGCUUCUCAGUAAUUUUAAUAAUGAGUUAAUAAAUAUUGUUUGUAUAUAUGUGCA